CUGAUGAAUUAGAUGAAUCAGAAAAGGAGGAGUCUGUUGAUGCUGAAGGUAAAGCAUUAUGUUCUGAAUUUAUGCAUGUAUUGAAGGGAAAUGAAUCUAAAGGAAAUGCAUCAACAAUAUCUUAUAUGCAAUUAAUAUAG